ACUGCGCUGAGCUGCUCUCUCGUUCGCCCGCUCCUGUUUGCUCCUCGCCAACUCCAAGAGCCGGCUUAGUCCCUUCCCCGUUGGCCACCUCACCUAGGCUGGGAAACAUGAACACAGAAAAGAUUGUCAUCCAGGGGCCGGGACCCUGGGGUUUCCGCCUCGUGGGAGGAAAGGACUUCGAGCAGCCCCUCGCCAUUUCCCGGGUUACUCCAGGCAGCAAAGCAGCAUUGGCUAAUGUAUGUAUUGGAGAUUUUAUCUUGGCCAUUGAUGGAGAAAAUACCAGCAACAUGACUCACUUGGAAGCCCAGAAUAAAAUCAAGAGCUGUGUAGAUGACAUAACCCUCACAGUUGGCAGGAGUGAAUAUAAAAUCUGGUCUCCACUUGUGACAGAGGAAGGGAAACGCCAUCCAUACAAGAUGAAUUUAGCUUCUGAACCCCAAGAAGUCUUGCAUGUAGGAAGCGCCCACAACCGAAGUGCCAUGCCUUUCUCGGCAAGCCCAGCAUCCAGUGCUUCCCCCCGCGUCAUCACUGCCCAGUACAACAACCCGGCCAACCUCUACUCUUCAGAAAACAUCUCUAACUUUAAUAAUGCCUUGGAGUCGAAGACUGCGGCCAAUUCAGAGCAAAACAAUGGAAUCUUAGAACACAGCCAGCCUUCAAGCAACAUCGGCAUCGCCAAAGAUUCAGAAGUUUACAAGAUGUUACAAGAGAAGCAGGAGCUAAAUGAGCCACCCAAACAAUCCACCUCAUUCCUGGUGUUGCAGGAAAUUCUAGAGUCUGAGGAGAAAGGGGACCCCAAUAAACCUUCAGGAUUCAGAAGUGUAAAAGCACCUGUUACCAAAGUUGCUGCAUCAAUUGGAAAUGCCCAGAAGCUGCCCAUGUGUGACAAAUGUGGCACUGGCAUCGUUGGUGUGUUUGUCAAGCUUCGAGACAAGCAUCGACACCCGGAGUGCUACGUGUGCAGUGACUGUGGGACCAACCUGAAGCAGAAGGGCCAUUUCUUCGUGGAGGACUGCAUCUAUUGUGAAAAGCAUGCCCGAGAGAGAGUAACCCCACCUGAGGGUUAUGAUGUGGUCACAGUGUUUCCCAAGUAGACCAGUAGGCAUGUACACACUAACCGUUUCCAAUCCUCACUAUAUUUUCCUCUCUCUGGUUCCCUUUGCCUUCCUCUCCUAAUGUCUCUGGCAAUUGGCAUGGUUUUAUCGCUGUGAAAUGAAGCCUUUCUCUUUGCCUUAGCUAAUGGGAUACCACCCAUCCCAUGACACUUGCUUUCUAAAUGGCGGACAGCUUGGCCUCGAGUCCUCUCAACAAGCAUCAUGUCUCCUUGUCAUACUCCUCUAUCUCCUGCAAACGGCAUCAGAUAGAAAUUCAAAAUAGAAGCAAAACAAAAUCUAUUGGACAUGGAAGUGAUUUUAUAGUCAAUAAAUGUAAAGAAUUUGA